AAGAAACGUUUAUACAAUAAGAAUAAAUAUAAUGAAGACUCAGAUCAUUGAAUGUGUGCCCAAUUUUUCAGAAGGAAGAGACCCUGAGAUAAUCAAUGCCAUUGCGAAUGCCAUCCGUUCUACAGAAGGUGUAUCACUGUUGGACAUUGACCCUGGUCAGUCCACUAAUCGUACUGUGUAUACAUUUGUGGGCUCUCCCGAUGCUGUAGUUGAAGGGGCUUUAAAUGGGGCCAGAAUUGCAUACAAACUCAUUGAUAUGAGUAAACAGAAGGGAGAACACCCGCGACUGGGAGCUCUCGAUGUCUGUCCGUUCAUUCCGGUACAGGGGGUAGACAUGGAUGACUGCGUCCAAUGUUCCCACAAAUUUGCUCAAAAGCUAUCUCUCGAACUCAAAGUUCCGAGUACAGACAAACUGUUCCCCAAAUCAGGGCCGGAGAGUAUGAAGGACUGUCCCAAAAGCUAA